GGUGGGUUAUUUCAUCAUUUCCGACUGAACAAGGGAGAGCAGCAGCAGCAGCGGCAAUGGCGAAGCCACUGGGGCCCACGGGAGAGUUCUUCAGGCGACGCGAUGAGUGGCGGAAGCACCCGAUGCUGACAAAUCAGUGGCGCCACGCCACCCCCGGCCUCGGGAUAGCGCUCGUGGCAUUCGGCAUCUACCUCGUCGGGGAAGCGGCGUAUAACAAGAUCUACGCCCCCAAAUCUCACUCCCAUUCGCACUCCACAUCUUCCGAGGCUCACUGAACUUCAGCCUCGAUGGAGUGUGGUAUUGAAGAAUGGAAUAGAGGAUCAUCUUUCUCGCUUUCAUUUCUGCGUGUUUAAAUAAAGCAUAAACUGAGACUCAUUUAUUUACUUGAGUGAGCAGGUAACGAUCAAACUUGUAAACAAUUUAAAAAUGCUCUUGUUCCGUUUUUCUGGACAUCUUCAAGAAUUUGCUGUGACAAUCACUCUAAUACUCUUA